AUGGGCGCUCAAACUUGGAACGACCCUCGCAAAACCGCCAAACACAACGCCAACUCGCCUCUCCUCAAACUCCCGGCAGAAUUACGCAUCGAGAUCUACUCACUCUGCCUCAUCUCACCCAACCGUGUCAACCUCAACAAACCCUACAUCUCCUUCAGCCAGAGACGCCAUCCCAACCGCGGCGGCCAACUCCUCAAAGUCCACCCACCCGCUCUAUUCCGCGUAUGUCGUCAGACCCGGUGUGAGACCAUCCCGAUCUACUUCCGAAAGAACAAGUUUCGGGUGUUUGCGCUGAAUUACGACGUCAAGCCUUAUGCGAGGUUUUUGCGGUACCAGCGCGUGUAUGGGAGGCCUGAGGACUUGGUGCUGACGUAUGUCGGGCAACCGAACUGGGCGAAUUUGGUCAAAUGGCUUGAGAUGGUGUAUUUGAAGCGAUGUGCGCCGCCGGAGAGGAGGGAGGGGUUCUGGGCGAAUCGUAAUAGUGUGGUUGUAGAGGGAAUGUUUAUGCUGGUGGAAAGGGUGAGGAAGAGGAUGAGUUGGAAGGAGGUUUUGAGGGUGCUAGAAGCUCGGAGGGUGUUUUUGGCGUGUAUUGAUACUAGGUGGAAAUUGUGA